AUGGACGGCGGCGCGUGGUGCGCCCGCGACAUAUCAUUGCGCGCGCAGAAGAAGUUUCUCUCGCGUGUGGGGGGAGCUGCUAGCGCACGUUCCCUAGUACUGGACGAGCAUGCCGCUAAACUCCUCGACCAGUUCCUAACAGUACUCCGCGAACGUGUCGAGAAACGAGAAGCGGAAAAGCUGGUGAAGCAUGUGAUCAAAGCGGCUGUGAAGCUGGGCGUACUACGGCGUCAUGGCCAAUUGUCACCGGCAGACGAUCGAGCUCUCGACGCCUUUCGCUCCAAGUUUCACACGGUGUUAAUGGCUGUAGUGUCAUUUUCGGAGGUAGAAUUCUCAUAUGACAGAGGUUUUCUUCAAGAUGCCCUCCGUGAUUCACACCAAUCUCUAAAAUCCGUAGUAGAGCGACACUUAUCAGACAAAUCCGUCUCGCGAUUAGCUGGUAUCUUCGCGCUAGCCUCCCGAGGGGACCUCCUAGAUUCCCUCUUUGCAGGUCAAAUAGACGAAGGAGUCCUCAAACUAACCAGGAUGCUACGAAAAGAGUUAGAUAAAGGCUGGCUGUAA